ACAAGGACGACCACGAGCCUAAAACAACAAAAGGGAAAACAAAAUCAACCAACCAUGAGGAAUACAGCUGUUGUUGUUGUUGUAUUGUGUGUCGCAGCUGUUGUAGUGUGUGGGCUGGCUCUCCCCCCACCCGAGUCAGGUAUUACAGGCGCCUUCUUGCCCUCGGCUGCUGACAUCGGCUCCAUGGCACUCAUCAAGCCCCCAGUGCCAGCCCUCCCCGGCAUCGUGGGUCUCGGUGCCAUUCCCGGUGUGGCUGGUGGAGUGAUUCCGGGAAUGCCUGGAGGUGCCAUUCCCGGUCUGGCUGGAG